AAUGGAGGACGGACUUUCCAAUUCUACCCCCAGUGACCGGAUCAAGUUAAACGUCGGCGGCAAGCUCUUCGAGACCACCGUCUCCACCCUCCAGUCCGGCGGUCCAGACUCACUACUCGCCGCCCUCUCCAACCGCCAGAUCCAAUCUUCAAAUCCGGUCUUCAUUGAUCGGGAUCCGGAGAUAUUUUCCGUCCUGCUAUCCCUCCUCCGUACCAAUCGCCUUCCGUCCACCUCCCGCCGGUUCACCGAUCAAGAACUCUCCGAUGAAGCCUCCUACUAUGGAAUCGAAUCGCAGCUCAAGUCUGCCAUGCUUCCUAAUCCACUUUCCGGCAUCGAUGCUUCUGUCGUCGCCACAAUCCGACCUGCCUCCGACGGUGUCGUUUCCGCCUUCACCACCAUCGACGACGGAUCGGUAUGGAUAGCGCACGGCGGUCAGAUCUCUGUUUACGAUUGGAACUUAACGCACGCAGGUACUGUACGAACUCACCUAGACUAUAUCACUUCAAUUAGGCAAGUUACGCCUUCUGCGAUGGCGGCAAUAGCGUGCGAUGUCUCCUCCGGUGUCCAUUUCUACAACUUUGCUAACGGGCGUCGAGUCGGCUCUGUCGAGUGGACUGACCCUACCGAUCCGAGAAUCUACAAGGCUCGAGUCACUACGAUUACUGACUCGCCGGAAUCAGUUUUUGCUGCCUUCGAUUCAUACCACAAGGAAAACUGUGUACUUGCAAUCGACAAAUCAACACUCCAGGUGACAUCGGAAAUCGGUCGACAAUCUGGAAAAUCUUCGAAAUCAAUCGUUCCUGGAAACCUGACAUACGUGAAGGAUCUCGGCCUUCUCGCUGCCAACGCCGUAACAUCCGGAGCUUUCGGUUUUUCCGGUUACAUCCGGUUUUGGGAUCCCCGAUCCGCUCGUGUGGUUUGGGAGACCAAUGAGCCAGGUUCGGGACGAAGCAGUAGGUUUGGAGACUCCUUCGCUGAUGUUAGCAUCGAUGUGAAUGAGUUGACCAUGUGCAAGAUAUGUUCAAAAUCAGGCGACCUAGCCAUGGCUGAUCUGCGCAAACUGGGUGAUGAUCCAUGGGUUUAUUUGAGGGAUACAAAUCCAAGUUUGAGAAACACCAGUGGAGGUAUUAGCAAUAGUGUAGUCCAUUGUUACAAGAAGCAAGUGUUUGUUGGGAGAGAUGGUGGACUAGAAGUGUGGUCUAGAGUGGCACAAAAUGGUGUACAUAACAUGGAGAUUGGUGAAGAAUCAUUCAGAAGGAACUAUAUGGAUAAAUUGGAGGAUUCAGAGAGAGGGAUAAUCAAGAAAAUUGAAGGGGCUGGUGAAAGGCUUUUCGUUAGCAGGGAAGAAGCCGAAGGUCUUGAGGUAUGGCAAAGCUCUGUGUUUUCUGGUGCAGUUUUAGUUUUAUGACACUCCAAAUGGAAGAAAGGAACCUGGGGCAUGAAGAUUGUGUAAUUGUGUUGGUAUACAGAAGAAGCAAGGUGCAAAGAUUUCAUUUUGAGGUAGGCAUCUAACUAGCAUUGAUGGUAUAUCGUCUAGUGUCUUCAUAUAGCCACUUUCUACAUGUUUGCUUUUAUACUUUGUGUUCUUGUUGCUAUUCUUGUAGCAAUGUAUUAGUAGUUUUAGAAUUCAAUAUGUGAGAUUGUUUACAAGAUAGGAACCCUAGUGAACAUGCGGCUGUUAAUACUCUUAAUGUUAGAGGAAACACGAAUUAUACUAGCGUGUUGAUUUGUGUGGCUGGGCUGUAAGACAGACAAUAAUGUUACUUGUGACUUUGUGAA